AUGAAUACAUGGAAAAUCUUGGGAGAGUUGAAACCAGUAAUGCUGAUGGUUUUGGUGCAAAUUGCAUAUGCUUCUUCAAAUGUGUUUUACAAAAUUCUUAUCAAUGAUGGAAUGAGUAUAAGGGUAGUAACUUCCUACCGUCUCAUUUUUGGAGCUGCCUUCUCUUUUCCUCUUGCUCUUGUUUUAGAGAGAAAGAACAAACCAAAACUCACAUGGAGGGUGUUUUUUAUGUCCUUUUCUUGCGGCUUAUUCGGAGGGAGUUUAUUCCAAAACCUUUUUUUCACCGCAUUGGCUUUGGUAUCAGCAACAUUUGCUUCUGCUGUUUUUAAUCUCGUUCCUCUCAUCACUUUCAUCCUUGCUAUCUUGUGCCGCUUAGAAAUGUUAAAUAUGGGAACCAUAGCAGGGAAGGUAAAGAUAUUGGGAACAAUAACAGGAGUUAUUGGGUCAAUGAUUCUGAUAUUUUUCAAAGGAGCAGAAAUCAACAUUUGGAAAGUCCACGUCAAUCUUUUGCAUGGUAAUCAAAAUAACAGCAACACAGGAACAACUAAUUCUGACAGCAUUAAAAAAGUUGUCGGUGUUUUAUGUGCUCUCGGAAGCUGUUUCAGUUUUUCAUUAUGGCUCAUUAUUCACGCUAAGAUGACUAAAGAGUAUCCGAGUUAUUACUCAAGCACAACGCUGAUGAAUCUAAUGGGAGCAAUACAAGCCACAAUUUUUGCCCUAUGUGUUGAGAAAGAUUGGAGUCAAUGGAAAUUGGGUUGGAGUUUUAGACUUCUAACUGUAGCUUAUUUGGGAAUUGUGACAUCUGGAUUAGUGUUUAUUUUGACAGCUUGGUGUGUAAGGAAGAAAGGUCCAGUGUAUGCAUCUGCAUUCAACCCUCUUAAUCUUUUGAUUGUGGCCAUUGUUGCUUCCUUGUUGUUAGAUGAAACUCUCUACCUAGGAAGUGUGAUUGGAGGCGUGCUAAUUGUUGGUGGUUUGUACAUGGUGUUAUGGGGUAAGAGUAAAGAAACAAACUUCAUUGCCCAUGAAUUUGAAGGAUCAACUGAGGUUGUUGUUAUGUCCUCGAUGACAACUGAUCAUGAUUUGGUCACUGCAGCAACAAUAGCCGCACCAAAGACUAGGAGGAAUUUUAUUGUUAAAUAG